UUUUUUUUGGAUCAGUGAGUCGAACGAUUUUACCAGCGGGAUCGAUUCGCUCGAUCGUUCCUCCGCAUGGAAAAAGAUGGUUCGUUUAUCCGUCCCGGCGAUACAAGCUGCGUGAGGGGAUCCACUCGCAAUCAGAAAAAUGAGCGCAGCCGUCGAGAACGGCGUGGAUGGGCCGAAACCGCGCGGCGUUUUCUCAAGGGCGUUCGCCAAACGGGCGCAGCCCUUCGAGGAAGCCCUCAAUACCUUAAAUCGCUUGAACAAAGAAGGUGAAGCACUAGCCCUCGAGGAUGACCUCACAACGCACCCCACCUUGGCUUUGAUGCGACGCAUCCUCGCAGAUGCACAGGCAAAAUUUCGCGUGAUGGUGGAGGAGAACGCAGCGACUGGCGCCCGGCUUGACGGGGAGCUGGAACGUGCCAGGGGCGAGUGCGCCACGCUCCGCGGCGAGCUGAGGGACGUACGCGGCGCUUUGCCGGUGGUGUUGAACAAUAACAACGGCGCUGGGAACAACAACGGUGCAGGAGCGGCUGGCAACUCGAGCAACAACAACGGAGGAGUAGCAGCCAACGCCGGGAAUAAUGGCGGCAGCCCUGGACAGGAGGGUGGCGAGCCGCAGCAGCAGCAGCAACAACAACAACAGUCGCAGGACGACGGGAAAAGACUCAGCGCCGGUAGUAGCCCCGUGGAGAAGAGGAGCUCCGCCAGCGACAAGUCGGCCAGUCCCAUCGACAAGAGAACCAGCCCCGUAGACAGGAAGGAGAGAACCAGUCCUAUCGAUCGACGAACCAGUCCCAUAGAGAAACGAAAUGGCUCGCCGAGUCGCAGCCCGAGCGAGAAAGCACGCCGGCCGUUGGCCCCGGCGUUGGAGAAGACGCGUCUCGGCGGUUCCGGCGGAAGCGUAGACUCGCGUUCAGGAAGCGCCAGCCCGGACCGGGGGACCAGCAACCGAACGACGUUCUUCCAUCGUGGCGCCAGCGAUCGAUCGAGCGUGGAGAGACUCCGGAUAUCGACGGGCAAUCGCGACUCCUUGCGAUCGUCGAAGGAGAUGAACGAGCACGAGAAGGACAUGGACAAGGAUCUGGUGGACGGCGAUGUGAGGGCCGAGGAGGACAAUGAACCACCUGGACCAGCCCCAGGCAGCAGACCCUCGUCGCCAGCUAAUUCCCUCGGAAUCGGCGAUCCGUUGGUGGCGUCGAGGUUAUCAAACAUUCAUGGGGGCGGCGGUAGCACCGGCUCGGUGGAGCUGGCCAGCACGAGGCGGCUACGACUGGAGAACGAACGCCUGGUGGCCGAGGUAGCAAGAUUGAGGAGAUUGCUAUUCAGCGGGGCGGCGCGCGGCGAGGUCGGCUCUGAGGACGCGGCACUCGAGGAGGAGGCGCGGUUCGUCGCUCUUGAAAUGGAACUGCAACACGCCAAAGAAGCUCUCCAGGCACUUAAGGCCGAUCGCAAGAGGCUCAAGGCCGAAAAGUUCGAUCUUCUUAAUCAAAUGAAGGCGCUGUACGGCACCCUCGAGGACAAGGAACGAGAGCUGCGGGACUUCAUCAGGAACUACGAACAGCGGAUGCGAGAGAACGAGGCGACUUUAGGACGCCUUCAGCAGCAAGGAGUCGGCAUACCUUCGGAGGAGCGCGAACGCGAGAGAGAGAGGGAGCGCUGGAGUCUUCUGAGGGCAGCGAGGGACGAGGCCGAUCGAAGUCUCAGCCUCGCGGCUAGUUUGGCCGACAAAGAAGCCGCCCUUUCUCACGCACACGCGACUAUAAAAGAGUUGCAGCGCCAAUUGGCGGAAAGAGGCGGCGGCGGCGGUAUCUGCUUGAGCGACCAGGAAUCCUUGGUCUCGUUCCCGAGGGGCAGCGUGAACGGCGCGGCGACACCGGGCGCCGGAAGUAGCAGCGGCGGCGGCGGCGGUGGCUGCGGUAUCAUCCCUCAUAUGAAUUCUCAACCGCCAUUAGGCAGCACGGAGCUAGGAGUGACCGUUGGGAACGUUGGCAAUGCGGCAGGUGUGGGCUCUUCCGGCGGGCAGGCGGGCGAUCGCGGAAGUUGCAGCGCCGACAGCGGUGUCCGAGGAUCCAGCGACAGAGAAAGCGGCGGCGCGACCAGCGUCGGUGGAAAUCUCUCCGAUUCCACUACCGACGGCACGCCGACAAUUACGGUCGAGGGAAGCGGUCUCGACAUGGACAGCAUCUCCGUGGUUUCCUCCAUUGCACCAUCCCACAUGUACCAGUCAGCGACCACGCCGAAGGACUGCAGCCCGACGCUGUCGCCGCUGAACGCGUUCUCCAGGUCCAUGGACAAUUCCGUGUUGUCGCGUUCGGUCGAGCAGUUGUCGAGCCCGUUGGAAUCAGAGCCGAGGAGAAGCAAGCAGAGCACACCUGUCGCGACACCUGCCUCGCGCUCCUCCGCGACCCGCGGUGGCACUUGGGGCUCAAUUUCUAGAGUGUUCGCCCGCACGCGGCAUCGAAAGGCAGCGAACAACUCGAGCGGCGGUAGCGGAAGUAACGAGGGCUCCGACAGUGUCGAUCCUAGAUCGUGGUCGCCGCUGACGGAGGAAGGCUACGCUGAGAAGCUUCGUUUGCUCAGGGAAGCAGCGUCCGUGCCGAUGGAACGAUGGAGGGCACCUACGGUCUUGGCGUGGUUGGAAGUUGCUCUUGGUAUGCCUCAGUACGGUCCACGAUGCGCCGAGAACGUCAAAUCUGGAAAGGCGCUCGCAGUCAGAAGACACCAGUGCGAACAAAUGGACACGGACCCCCUGGUCUGGACGAAUCAAAGGUUCAUCCGAUGGGCGAGGAACAUCGAUCUGACCGAAUAUGCUGAGAACUUGAAAGAUUCGGGCGUGCAUGGUGCUCUGGUCGUGCUGGAGCCAUCGUUCACCGGCGACACCAUGGCCACAGCAUUGGGCAUACCACCGGCUAAACAGAUGAUCAGACGACACCUGACCGCCGAGCUUGAAGCCCUCGUCGUUCCAGCAAGAAGUCAGCUGGAGGUGGUGCCGAGGAACAGCAGCAGCGGUGGUCGGCCGAUGAGCACGGUGAGCGCGGGCGGCAGCCUCGGCCGUGGAAGCAGGGCGCUGCAUCUUCAGCAUCAUCAGAGCUCCCUGUCCGCCCUGCACAUGACGGCCAAUCACUCGGGCACGGUCGAUAGACGCAGAUCCAGCCUCAGGACCUGCAGUCUUCUUUACUUGAAAAAGUUGUCGUGGAAGAGCUCACAGGGAUCGUUGAGCAGAGCGUUCGGGCUUCGACCGAGAAGCGAGAAGGCCUCGCCGUCGUCCUCGUCGGACACCGGGAGCCUGGCAAGCCAGUACAUGAGCAGCGCACGCAGCAACUCGCCGCCGCCGCCGCAGCUACCACCGAGACCAAUCACCGGGAACAAGAGACACCGUCGUGUGAAGAGCAUAGGCGACAUCGACUACAUAACGAGCGCGGCGUACGGCUCGUACUCCGGCUACAGCAACGUUCUCCACGGCGAUCAGUAUCAGUACCAGCAUGCUGGCAACUAUUACCAGCUGAAGGGCGGUUAUUACUCGCCUCAGAGCACCGGGCCGCCGUUUCCAGGCGUGCAGAGAUACGGAAGCCUGGCCGAGGAGGCCUGGUCCUGCACCACGAAAGACGACACCGGCAAUCCCAAGGCGAGCCCUAGGACUUAUCUAGCUUAGCUGGCCGCGAGGAUCACCGCGAUGAUACCGCGGUGUGUGUGAGAGAGAAAGAGAGAGAGAGAGAGAGAAAGAGAGUCGCAGAAUUUUAUUCUAUUUCGCAGUUGACAACAAGAGGAGGAGGUGGGAGUGUUGUCAGAAGGGACGGAGCUGUAAUCUAGGGGCUUGGAUUCAUCGUGUUUAACCCUUUCACCGAUGGGAAUCGGCAAUUGCAGAGACGAGGGAUUCGCUUGGGCAGAGUUUCUCGAAUUUAUGGAAUGCGAUAUUGGCGAGGUAUUGAAGCACUUGCCACACGAGUAUGCUACGUAUUUUGUGAGUCGUCGGAUACG